AUGUCCGCCGACCUCUGGAAGGAAUUCGGACAGCCAGAGGAGAACCGAUGGAAAGACGUCUCGGCACAGGUGAGAUACCCGAGUGGGGAGGCGGAAGAAGAUUUUGGAGACUUCGAAGAAGCAGAGCAAGAGAAGAUCCAAAUUGAAAGUACAGAACAAAGAGUUCACAGUCACGCUUCUAGGCUUGGGGAGGGCGCCGAGGAGCAUUCCCUUGGAGAGCAAUGGGGGAACUUCGAAGACGGCACUGUCCUAUUCGAUGUGGAUGAAGCAGCUACUCACGAGGAGUCUCAGAUACAGCGAAGACCUAGCCAAAGCAUCCUAACGGCCCCAGUCCUCGAGGAAGACGAUGAUUUUGACCCUUGGGAGCCUGUUAGCACGUCUAGUCAUACUAUGACUGAGGCUCUAUCGCCUCAUCAAUCUGAAGCACUUCCGUCCAAAAAGGUCAAUGAGACUUCUUCGCAACAUCGUCCAGCACCGAUACCGAACGAACCACCGCCCGCAAAUGUUCCACCACCCUCGAUCCUGCUGCUUCUAAGCGCCACAGUACUACACGUCCCUUUACCGACGGAUUCUGUCCAGGGCGGAAAAAUGAGUGAGGCUGUUGGGCAGAGGCUUACAGAUAUGCGAGCUAUCAGCCGCGUCGUCGCUGGCCGCAAGCAGCGUUGGAAGCGCGACAACAUCCUUUCGCAAAGCAUGAAGAUUGGUCAGGCGGGCAAACAAGGCGGAAUGAAGUUGACAAGCGUAGACAAGACAGAAAGCCGUCGAGAGGAUCAAGAGGUCUCUGAGGUACUAAGGGUAUGGAAAGAACAAGUCGGCGUCUUGCGGUCCAUUGUUUUGGCAGUUCAAGCAGCUCAUCAAGGGAUCAAGUUGGCGGUACCAGAAGUCACAGAGAGCGCACCUGUACUACUCGCCAAGGCCGGUGAAGGAGCAUUGACCGCAACAAAGGCUUGUUUCCUCUGCGGAUUAGGAAGAAAUGAGAGAGUCUCGAAGAUUGACGUCAAUGUGGAAGACAGCUUCGGCGAGUGGUGGGUGGAACAUUGGGGGCAUCUCGACUGUACCAGCUUCUGGACCAGGCACAAAUCUCAACUACCGCAGAAAUAG